AUGGCUUUUCGUGAUCGACGAAAUAUUAAAAUCCAUGGACAUUUUAGAAUCGGUCGAAUAGCUUGUUCUUUGUGCGAUUAUUAUGUCAUGGGUAGUUCAGUCUAUGUGAUUGUUUUGGGCUUCAUUGGGAUCAUAAUUGCAGUGCCUCUUACUGUCGAAAGAGACUUGAAGUUGAUGACGUCGAUACUGGGAAUUGAGCAUUAUACUUUAAUUAUGUUAGGUGCUAUCACGGAAUAUCCUGUGCUACACACACCCUGGUUGUUGAUGCAACUCUGCGUCAUUAUCGUGGAAAUCAUCGUCUUUCUUGUAAGAUUCAUUCUAGAUGGUUUGCAUAUAAAACGCAAUGAAAUAUUGCAAGCAAUAUUCACUUUGUAUAACUGGUUGCAAGUUUUCUGUCUUUUUUAUCGGCAAACACGACGAGCCAUGUAGUAACUUGCUAUUUUUUAU